AACUGCUUGCACAAACGUAAUCAACUGUUUUUAUACUUGCGUCGUUGUCAACAUUUUUUGAAUAUUUUUUCUUCUCGUCUAUAUAAGGAAACGUGUGAAUUUUUUUCUUUUCUAAAUUAAAAUUUAAUAAAAAGGGGAUGAAAUUUUAUGUGAAUAUUUUUGUUAUCUGUGCAUUAUUGUUAAGCACUGAGGCCUGGGAUACAGAGGAAUUAGAAAUUUUUGAUUUAGUCGAAGAAAUCAAUAGAAAUUUCUAUGAAUUUAUGGGAAUCAUACAAAAUGCUACUAGCAAUGAUAUUAAGCGAGCAUUUAGAUCUUUAUCGAUUCAAUUGCAUCCAGACAAAAAUCCGUCAGAAGAUGCAAACAUACAAUUCCGUAAUUUAGUAUCCAUUUACGAGGUGCUCAAGGAUCCGGGUAAAAGAGGGAAAUAUGAUAAAGUGUUAAAAGAUGGUCUACCUAACUGGAAAUCUGCUUUAUACUAUUACCGAAGAAUGCGUAAAAUUGGCUUGUAUGAAGCCGCCGGUAUAUUGUUUGUGUUUUUAACAAUUGGUCAAUACUUAUUUGCAUGGGCUGCUUACGUCGAAAAGAGAUAUACAGCUGAACAAAUACUUGGCUCUAAAUUAAAGAAAUUGCAAAAGAAAAAUAAAAGCAUUGAUAUAGAUAUGAUACUAAAUGAAAUUCCUACACCAUCGCUGAAGAAUACAUUACCCAUACAAAUACCUGUGUUUAUUUGGAAUAUACCGAAAAUGAUGAAAGAAGCAGCUAGCAAAGCUAAGGAGCUUAAAAAACUAGCCGUAGAAAAACAAAGACAAGAGAUGGAAGAGGCUAAACGGUUAGAAAUAUUAGAAAAAGAAGCUGAGGAACAAGCUCGACUACGUAAAGAGAAAAAGGAAAACUUACGUAAACGCAAAGAGAAUCAUAAAGUCCCUGAAAAAACUGAUGAAGAACUCAGGGGGUAUUCUCAAAUCCAAAUUCGAGAAUUAACCGAAGAUGACGCUAUACGACCAGUCGCGCAAAAGACUGGUUUGACUGGCGGUUUUUGGACAGAUGAAGAUCUAGCCGAACUUAUACGCUUAGUAAAAAAAUAUCCAUGCGGCUCCAGUAGUCGUUGGAACAGCAUUGCCGAGGCAAUGAAUCGUACUGUACAAGAAGUUACCUUUAUGGCAGCCAAAAUGAAAGAGAAUGGUUAUCGUACUCCUGGUCAAUCGGAAAGUGCUGGCGAUGCUAAUUUCCAAGGAGCUCAAAAAGAGGGAAAAAGAGAUAAAUCAAAAAAAGAAAAAGCCACUAAAAAUAUAUUAAUACCGGAGACAAAUUGGACACAAGAUCAGCAAAAAGCUUUGGAAGAAGCUAUAAUUAAAUAUCCAAAAUCGAGUGUUAUGGGAGAUCGUUGGCAACGUAUUGCCGAUUACGUGCCUGGUAAAAGUAAAGAAGAAUGCUUAACACGUUACAAGUAUCUGUGUGAGCUGGUUCAAGCGCAAAAAAGAUCUGAAGGAGAAGAUAGUGUUGAUGAAAAUUCUAAGAAUUGUGAAAGAAGGCAGAACUCGACAAUUUGUCAUCCAAAUGAAAAUUCUCUAAUUCAAUAUUAUCAAGAAGCUCAGUCAGUAGCGGACGAAAUUAAUGAAAUAGGCGAUAAAAAGCGUACCAAACGCAAGGACCACAGAAAAAAGCGAGACUUAGUGAGUAUCCAAAAGUCGGAUGAAGCAAGUGCUUAUUAAUGAAAUCGUCGUUUAAUAAUAUGUGUAGAAUUAAUUAUUU